AUGGGUUUACAAGUGGUUCUCAAGUCCAUCAUCAAGGCCAUGGCCCCUCUGCUUCAAAUCGGUCUCCUGGUGCUAUUCGCUGUGGUCAUCUUCGCCAUCAUCGGCCUCGAGUUCUAUUGCGGGAUCCUUCACAAGACCUGCUACAACCUGGGAGACCUCGAUGAGAUCGUGCCCGAGGGACAGCACGCAACUCCGUGCAACACGGACAACGAGACCGAGGCUCCGACGGGGAGCUACGUUUGCAACGGGACCAAGUCCGUGUGCGACGAGAAGUGGGAGGGACCCAAUCAGGGGAUCACGUCCUUCGACAACGUUGGGUUCGCCAUGCUGACUGUGUUCCAAUGCAUCACCAUGGAAGGAUGGACUUCCAUUCUUUACUGGACCAAUGACUCUCUGGGGAGUUACUACAACUGGAUCUACUUCGUGCCAUUGAUCGUUCUGGGUUCUUUCUUCAUGCUCAACUUAGUCCUAGGAGUUCUCAGCGGAGAAUUCUCCAACGAGAGGGUGCGGGUGGCCCGAAAGGCGACGUAUCUGCGGCGGAAGAAACUGAAGACCGUGAACGAGGCGCUCCGCGGAUACAUUGAUUGGCUGUGUUUUGCAGAGUUUGCCAAAGAAAGAGAACGCGUAGAGAAUAGGCAGGAAUUUCUCAAACUUCGGAGGCAUCAAAAGUUGGAGCGAGAGUUGAAUGGCUAUGUGGAAUGGAUCUGUAGGGCUGAGGAAGUGAUCCUGGCCGAGCAGCGGACGACGGACGAGGAGAGGAUGCACAUCAUGGAAGCGAGGAGACGCGCAGCAGCCAAGCGGAAAAAGCUGAAGCAAUUGGGAAAGAGCAAAUCCACGGACACGGACGAGGACAUGGAGGAAGAUAACGAAGAGGAUGCUUCAUAUUUGAAGUCGAAAGUGAAGAACCAAGGGGCAUGCAAAGACUUCUGGAGAGCCGAGAAGCGCUGCCGGUUCUUCAUACGGAAGUGUGUGAAGACCACGUGGUUCUAUUGGUUCGUCAUCGUGCUUGUGUUUCUCAAUACCGUCUGUGUUGCUGUUGAGCACUAUAAUCAGCCCCUUUGGCUGUCCAAGUUUUUGUAUUACGCCGAGUUUGUGUUUCUAGGACUGUUCAUCUCUGAAAUGUUGAUCAAGGUGUAUGCCUUGGGACCACGGAUUUACUUCGAGUCUGCCUUCAAUCGCUUUGAUUGUGUUGUCAUAAGUGGGUCAAUAUUUGAAGUGAUAUGGAGUGAAUUGAAAAGUGGGUCUUUCGGAUUUUCUGUGCUUCGCGCCCUGCGUCUCCUCAGGAUCUUCAAAGUCACCAAGUAUUGGGCAAGCCUCCGGAACCUUGUGAUCUCGUUGCUGAGCUCCAUGAGAUCCAUCAUCUCCCUCCUCUUCCUUCUCUUCUUGUUCAUCCUCAUCUUCGCGUUGCUCGGGAUGCAACUGUUCGGAGGAGCGUUCAACUUCCCGUCUGGCACUCCUCCCGCCAAUUUCAACUCCUUCCCCAUUGCUCUCCUCACUGUCUUCCAGAUCCUGACCGGAGAAGAUUGGAACGAACUCAUGUACCUGGGAAUCGAAUCGCAAGGAGGGAUUCACGACAACGGCAUGAUCUACUCCUUGUACUUCAUCGUCCUUGUCCUCUUCGGCAACUACACCCUGUUGAACGUAUUCUUGGCCAUCGCCGUGGACAACCUGGCGAACGCCCAGGAAAUGACAGCAGCAGAAGAGGAGGCAGAAGAAGAAGGCAGAGAGAAAGCGGAAGCAGAGCUUCAAAAGGAGAUCGAUGCUCUCACGGCGGGGAAGAAAACGACAGCCGAGCCUGAUGCUCCAGAAGAGGAAGAGGAGACGACCGGGCCGAGACCCAUGCUUCCCUAUUCCUCCAUGUUUAUCUUCUCCUCCACCAACCCGAUCAGGAAGGCGGCGCAUUGGGUCGUGAACCUGCGGUACUUCGACACCUUCAUCAUGAUCGUGAUCACGAUGAGCAGCGCCUCGCUGGCUGCCGAGGACCCCGUCGAGGAGAAGUCUGAUCGCAACCUGGUCCUCAACUAUUUUGACUACGCUUUCACUGGUGUCUUCACCGUCGAAAUGGUCCUAAAGGUUGUGGACCAAGGAGUGAUAGGCCACCCUGGAUCUUACCUACGAGAUUUCUGGAACAUAAUGGAUGCAGUGGUGGUCGUGGUAGAUCUAGGAAUAGUGCUUCAUCACGGAUCCUAUUGUCGAGAUCCCUGGAACAUUCUUGACGCCAUAGUAGUCAUCUGUGCCCUUAUCGCCUUUGCUUUCUCGGGGAGCUCAACCGGUCAGAACCUGAGCACGAUCAAGAGCCUUCGGGUGCUUCGAGUCCUGCGGCCGCUGAAGACGAUCAAGCGCGUCCCCAAGUUGAAGGCCGUCUUCGACUGUGUCGUGAACUCGUUGAAAAACGUCUUCAACAUUCUCAUCGUUUACUUGCUCUUUCAAUUCAUCUUUGCUGUCAUCGCCGUCCAGCUCUUCAAUGGCAAGUUCUUCUACUGCAACGACGAGUCGAAGUUCUACGAAGACGAAUGCCAAGGAGAGUACUUUGUGUUCCACGGAGACGAACGCCCCCCAGAUGUCGAGCAUCGGAAUUGGCAAAAGCAGGAUUUUCAUUACGACAACGUGGCCGCCGCCAUGCUGACACUCUUCGCCGUUCAGACGGGAGAGGGCUGGCCAGCAGUGUUGCAGAACUCCAUGGCCGCGACGUAUGAGGACUAUGGACCCGUCCCUCAUUACCGGAUCGAGAUGUCGAUUUUCUAUAUCGUCUACUUCAUCGUGUUUCCCUUCUUCUUCGUCAACAUCUUCGUUGCCUUGAUCAUCAUCACCUUCCAGGAGCAGGGAGAGGCGGAGUUGCAGGACGGUGAGAUCGAUAAGAACCAGAAAUCCUGCAUCGACUUCGCAAUCCAAGCGAAACCGCUCGAGAGGUACAUGCCGAAGGACCGGAACUCCAUCAAGCACAGCAUCUGGAGGAUCGUCGUCUCCACGCCGUUCGAGUACUUCAUCAUGGCCCUGAUCGUCAUGAACACAGUCCUCCUCAUGAUUAAGUAUUACAACCAGAGCGAGGUGUACAAGAAAACUCUGCAAGAUAUGAACACAUUCUUCACUGCCCUCUUUACCGUUGAAUGUAUUCUCAAGAUAAUUGCCUUUGGCCUCAGGUUCCUUUCAGUUUCAAAUAAUCAUCGUCCAGCUGCUUCCUCAGUUUCGGUUUCCUUUACUGAAGGAAGGAAUAUUCUCCGUUUCUCCUCUUCCCACUUUUACACGCAACCUGAACGAUACGAGUUGGCCCUAAGCUACGCCAACUCCGUUUUCACCCUCCUCUUCCUCAUCGAGUGCAUUCUCAAGCUUACUGCUUUUGGAUUCCGGAAUUUCUUCCAAGACACUUGGAAUACAUUCGACUUGAUCACCGUUUUGGGGAGCAUCGUAGACGUGAUUGCUGUCGAGAUCGGAUCUAAUAGCAUGAACGUGUCGUUCCUGAGGCUGUUCCGUGCCGCUCGUCUCAUCAAGCUCCUCCGUCAAGGUUACACCAUCCGCAUUCUUCUUUGGACCUUCAUUCAGUCUUUCAAGGCCCUGCCAUACGUGUGUCUCCUGAUCGCCAUGCUGUUCUUCAUCUAUGCCAUCAUCGGGAUGCAGGUGUUUGGAAAUAUUGCCUUGGACCCCGAAACCUCCAUUACGAGACAUGUCUCAUGCUUCUCUUCAGGCAAUUUCUUGAACGCAUUUUGGGUAUACCAUAGAUGUGCAACCGGUGAAAACUGGCAAGCCAUCAUGCUAUCUUGUAUCGCUGGAAGAGAAUGCGACGAACUCGCCUUGAAAACAAGCAAGGAAAACAAAACAUGUGGCAAUAACGUCGCUUACAUGUACUUCGUUUCCUUCAUCUUCUUCUGCUCUUUUCUGUGCCUUUCGCCUCGUCUUCAGGAGAUUUCGCUUUUCGUGGUUUUGAAAAGGCAGUCCGAAUGUAUCGCCCAGAUGCUGAAUUUGUUCGUGGCUGUCAUCAUGGACAACUUCGACUACCUAACCCGUGACACGUCCAUCCUCGGAGCCCACCACUUGGACGAGUUCAUCCGGAUCUGGGCAGAAUACGACCCCAACGCCACAGGGAAGAUCCAUUACACGGAGAUGUACGACAUGCUGCGGAACAUGGAUCCACCUCUGGGGUUCGGGAACAAGUGCCCAUCUCGGUUAGCCUACAAGAAGCUCAUCCGGAUGAACAUGCCGCUGGACGAGGAAGGCAAAGUGCAGUUCAGUACGACCUUGUUCGCGCUGAUCCGAGAGAACCUUCAGAUCAAGCAACGCGCUGCCGAGGAGAUGGAUCAGGCGGAUCUGGAACUCAAGGAGGUCAUCCAGAAGCUCUGGCCCCUGCAGGCCAAGAAGAACAUGGACCUCCUCAUCCCGCCGAAGAAAGGCACGCAACUCGGUACGAAUCACUUAACCGUGGGCAAGAUCUAUGCAGGUUUGCUCGUUCUUGAGAACUGGCGAACCACCAAGUUUGGGAAGAUACAACCUGCUGGACUACCGGUGAGUUCACCUCUCUAUGAAAAAAAAAAGAAUUCCUAUCAAGAGAGCCCACAGGUGAAAACCAGGGGUCAUCGUGAGCUCCCAGGUCUCGUCGGGUUUUUAUGUCCAUGUCAUUAG